GGUAGCGGCGCAUUCCUUUUUAUUUUGUUUUUCGUUUUGUUUUUUUGUUCUCCUUCCGAUUUUCAGUUUUCGGAAGGACUGCUUUGCACCUGGCCUGUCCACCAAGACUUGUGUUUUUGGUUCCACGCUGUUGUCUUCAGCAUGACGCCUUAGCGGAUAGCAUUCAUGCUUCUUGCGACAAUUCAUUGGGUGUGGGUGAGGUAGCAGAUGACCGUUAUAUGUGGCAUUCUGUUUAUGCAAUGCUUGACACAAAUCAUCAUGAUGAGGAAGAUGACAGUCAUCCUCUUGCUCCUUGCGUAUGUCUACUUUGCGGAGGACGGCCACGCCAUUCUUGAUAUGGCACCAUUGCCAUAUCGUCAACGCCGACAGUCCUGCGUGAGAAACAGAGUCGGCGGUACGUGGGAAGAAUUGAACAUGAUGGGUCCGGAGCACGACAAGAAGUUCGGAGAGUACACACGCUUGACGAGGCCCAUCUUCACCCGCAUUCCUCAUCGAAUCUCUCCUCAAAUCCAGAGGUUGAACACUUCGUGGAGGCAAGCUUUGCCAGCGCCUUUGAAGUUCGUGUUUGCCCUUUACCGGUGGGCGACAGGUGGAUAUUAUAGGCAAUGCGGCAAUGACUUCGGGAUAGGAGUGCAUAGUGUUGUUAGAUGUACGGAUGACGUAUCCAUAACCUUGCUUGCCGAGUAUGGGGACACGAUCAGGUGGUCUGACGGGGCGCAAUUGCGAACCACUCUUAACUACUUCGAGGGCAAAGGCUUCGCGGGUUGCUUUGGGGUCAUAGACUGCACACAUGUAUAUCUGGACAAGCCACGUGGUCGAGAGCCAGAGGCGUACUACGAUAGGAACAGGCAGUACUCCAUUGUAGCCCAGGUCGUCUGCGAUAAAAAUCUUUGCAUACUGGACGUGUGGGGGGGUGCGCUAGGUUCUGUUUAUGAUUCUCGCAUGUUUCGAGUCUCUGAUCUAUACUCACGCGCGAAGGAGGGGAGGGAACCUUUCACGAGGAGGACGAACGUGCUCCAAGACGGAACUGUUAUGGGACGGUACCUGAUGGGAGACGCAGGGUAUCCGGUUGUAUCAUGGUUGAUGACUCCAUUCCCUGCAGUGAACAGAGUUGUCGAGCAGACAACUUUCAAUAAAAAGUUCUCAACAUUGUGUAGUGUCAUUGAACGGUUGAAGGGAAUGUGGAGGUGCUUUGGUUGCAAACACAUUGCGAACAUGCGGAAUGUUUGCAAGCAGUUCCUCGCAUGUUGUAUUCUCCACAACAUCAUAAUCGAUGAGGGGAUUCUUGUCGACGAGGAACUACUACGGAGAGGAGCUGAUGAAGACGACGAAAGCGAUAAUGACGAGGAUGAUGACAAAAGCGGUGGUGAAGAUGAUGGGGCGAGUGAAAACUUCGAUGAUAAGGAAGCAGAAUUGCGUUGCGAAGAGUCUGUCAUCUAUGCGAGUCAUCAUCAGCGGCACCACGUCGCCGAGCUUUUGAGGGAGACAAUCCGUGCGCAUUCCAUCCACGUGGCUUGAGUUUUUCAUUUGGCUUGCUUGCUGUGGCGUU